AUGAUUAACGACUCACGAACCCGUCCAACGCCCGACCCCAAUUAUCCCUCGGAGCAACCUCGCGUUUCCAAGCGAGUCAGCCGUGGCCUGUUCUCGUUCUUUUCCAGCAAAGGACAACAGUCUUCCCAGCCCCAGUAUCCAGCAGGAAAGCAGCGGCCUGGGCCACUGUCUGCUUCCGCCUCGAUCGUUCCAGCAGACCCCAUCGCUCGACGUUUCGAUCACAUCUCAUUGACUUCAAAUGCACAGCGUAACGACCCUGCGUUCUCACGAGACCCGUCGAAACAUCAUGACCAUCCUAUUGUGGUUGGUCCGGGUGUGCGGGCCCGCCUGGAAGGCUAUGCAGCCGUGGGCACCGAGUUGGAGAACCAUGAGUCCUAUGUAGGCCAAAUCCAGGAACAGCUCCCGUCUCGUCCUCCCAUUCAACAACCACAUGCGUCCGCGCCUCCGAAUGCUAUGAAAACUCAAGACAGUGGCUAUUACAGUGGCUCAUCGCCGAGUAUGACCCCCUCGACAUCACAUUCAGGCUCGACAGAGCUGAAUCCAGGUUUCUCGGCCAUGACCUCGAUCAUCUCAUCCCCGUUGCCCAGGCAGCUGGUUGUCCCUCCCGAAAUUGCUGCGCACCGAGGGCUGGUCGACCGCGCGACGUCAUCUAUCGGUGACAGUGGAGAUAUGGGGCGUGAACGCCCGCAAAUCCCACCCCCGGAUUACGACUCCGAGGCGUUGCCUGUCCAUCCCGUGAUGCAGCGAAACGAAUCUGCUCCAGAACUGCAUCAUGCCGCAGAGACGCAGAGGCCGCCGCCUCGCGCACAGUCUGCUCCCCCAGUGCCAGUCCCAGGGCCAGCACCUCCGAGAGAGUCUGUCGAACGGCGCCCCGGUGACCUAGAUCGGAUCGAUGAAUUAGACGAAAGCAGCCCGCUGGGAAUCGCGAUGCACCACGAGGGUCCAUUUCAGGCUGUGUCGACAGUGGUAGGCAAGGUGCCACCGACAAUGCCGGGUCGGAUCUCAGGUCAUCCCCCGCCACGAACCCAGAAGGUUCAGAACCGCACCUCUCUGAGCAUCAAGCCUGGGCAAAUUAUGCCGGCCAGCUUUUUCUACACGCCGAUAUCUCAGCCGCUCACGCGGCCGCCGCCGAUUCCUCAAGUACCGGUCGCGGGGCCGUCGACCUUUCGUCAGGAUCCGCCGAACAUUUUACAGAAUCAACCCGUAUGGAAUAAUCAAUCCAACCUUUCGGUUGUUCGUUCCUCCGAUGUCCUGCAGCACCCAGUAGAGAGUCCUGCUGGGCGGGAAUCUCUCUAUUCAGAUGAUUAUGCUGAUGCAUAUGGUGGAAUCGAGGAAGUGCCCGCUGAGAUACCCGCUGCGAUACCCGAACCUAGAGUGCACCCGAAUGUGCCGCCGCCACCCCAAGCCCAAGCCCACGCGCCUAACAACUGGGGACCAGCACCCAGUCGAAUUCCACCGCCAUGGGUGCAAUCUCCACCGUCGAAUCCUAGACAACCACUUCCUGCCACUUCUGAUGGAAGUGGCGUACUGGGACGACCCGAUCCUCACCAAUUCCAGGCCCACUACGGCAACCGACGCAGUUCAGUCAAGGCCCGCACACAGCCCCAUUCGGUGCGGAUGCCUGAGCAGCGCAUUCCGCAGCCGCCGGUGGUCCGUCCCCAGCGCGAUCCGCACGAACAUUACCACGCGGUCUUUGCCGAAUCUGUGCGGGAGCGGGACCAGCAGUCUAUCGCACCCACCACUGCUUCGGGUCGCCGGGGCCCUCUGCCGCACCACCUGCCGAGGGCUCUUGUGAUGCCUGCACCGCUCCAGCAGAGGCCCAAUCCCCCGAGCGCGGACUAUCGUGACAGUCCCGCCUCUGGCGCCGGCCCGCAAGCCUUGACACGGGCACACACGAUUCAGAUGGACGGAUCGCGGCAUCUUCUGAGGAAGCGGUCGAAUGUGCAGCAACCGAUGAACGUGCAGAUAGAGGAGCCGUUCAAACCGCGAUACAUGGCGCCGCCACCGACUAAUGCUGUUGUGCUGGACGACCGGAAGAAACCGAAGAGACUGUUGAGUAAGAGGCGAUGA